AUGGGCGGGCUUGUCAUCGCAGGCGCAUUGGCGGCAGGGAAGGGCAGCUUAAGCAAGAGCUCGGCGUGGGUUAGCAGCAGCGCUCCGAUGAUGGGGAGCAUGGCUGCGGACUAUAUCCAAGAGAACUGCAACGAUGAAGUAACGAAUUUCAAGACCGAGCUGUUUGAAUUUCUCGAUUAUUGCCCGGUUCCCGUGGCGCGCAAGUCCAUCACGUACCAGAACGAAAAGUACAGCUCCCAGGGACUGAAUGCUGCGUACGCCGCGGCUCAGAAAGCCUACGGCGAUAAUGUGUACGCUGCAAUGUGCAGCAACUAUUACGACGGCGUGGUUUCGCAUUACCAAACCCAGAGCAUCAUCGCGGGCAUAGUUGUUCCACACAAGUCCCGUGAAAAUGACGGUCUUGUCGAAUUCCAGAGCUACGCGGCAGGUUUAUCGGCGGCGUUGUUUGGAGAUAGCUACGAGUAUCGCUUUUACGCCCCCAAGCUAAAUCACGCCGACACAGCUUUCCUCACCCACGAUGGAUUAUUGGAAGACGCGCAGAAACCCUUCAAAUGGUUUGAGUGUGUGCUAUAG